AUGGAGUACCUGCCCACGAGUCUUGCCGUCUGUCUGAAGAACCAGCCGCGCAUCCCGCGCUACCUGCAGAUCUCCAUGCUGCACAACGUGUCUCUGGCGCUCUCCUACCUGCACGGCCACUCGCCGCCCAUCGUUCAUCGCGAUCUGACCGCCAACAACGUCCUGCUGACGCCCAACAUGGUGGCCAAGGUAGCCGACCUCGGCGUGGCUCGCUGCCUUCUGGACGACUCUCGCAUGCGCACGCAGCUCACGCAGGCGCCGGGAACUGCCGCCUACAUGCCUCCCGAGGCCCUGGCCCCCAACCCUCAGUACACCACAAAGAUCGACUCCUUUUCCUUUGGGAAUCUCCUGGUUCACCUUGUGUCACAGCAGUGGCCGCUGCCCUCGGAGCCCACCAGACUGGUGAAAGGGAAGCUGGUGCCAGUUUCAGAGCCAGAGAGGCGGCGGGAGUACCUGGACCUCAUUGGCAAGGAGCACUGCCUGAUGCCACUCGCCAUGCAGUGCCUGCAGAACGAUCCAGGACUGCGACCUGAGGCGGCGGAAAUGGCAGGUAUUCUAGAGAGUCUGCAGUCCAGCAAUCCAGUCCCAACUACCUCUCAUCUUGACCUCCUCCAGGCAAGCAAGUGGUGUACACCUGAUGUGGUUGUUGUCUUUGGUUUUCACCCAAAGCAACACGUGUUAUGUUUUGUUGAAGCCUCCGUCACUCCCUCUUCCUCCUUUCCCUCUCCCUGCUUCUCUCAGGUGUUGGAAAGCAACAGGAACCAGAUCGAGUCGAAGGGUAUUCAACUUGCUGCCAAUAAGGAGCAGUUGCAGACGGUGUGCAAGCAGCUCGAGAACAGGGGCGGGGAGAUUCACUCUAUGCAGAGGAAGAUAGCGGAGAUGGAGCAACAGAUAGCAACCUCUCUGAAAGGCCUUCUGUUGGAGCAUGCCUCUAAUGGCCCUGUCUCCCCAACUACCACCUCUCAUCCCAGCAGCAAGGGGCGUACUCCUACAGUACUCCACCCAACUCAGUCGGCCUUCACGUGGAAGAGAGAUGACGACAUGCCAGUUGGAACAUACGGAGCUCGGGGAAUUGUCAUUGACGAUAAGCUGUAUGUAGGUGGAGGAGACUGCAAGGACCUGGAAUUGGAGCGUGUGGUUCAUGAGUAUGACUGCAAUGGUCUGGUCCGCAAAUGGACAGCUCUGCCCCCCGCACCGGUGGCCUACUUUGCUCUGGCAGAGGUCAACAAGACCCUGGCACUGGUUGGGGGGUUUGACCUGGCAAAGAAGGUCCCGACUAAUCACCUGACUGUGUGGGACCGCGGCCAGCAGGGGUGGUGUACCCCAUUCCCCGCCAUGCCCACCUCACGUCAAGACUGCACCGCCGUCUCCUUCAAACUACAGCUGCUGGUUGCCGGGGGAAGCAACUUCAAGAAGCCACUCUACAACGUGGAGAUGCUGGACUAUUCGCAGUUCCAGUGGCAUCACUUGUCCCCCCUGCCCCAGCCCUGCGUCCGCAUGACCUCCUGCAUCAUUGGGUCUCGCUGGUACCUCCUCGGUGGGAUCAACUUCACUGACCCCUCGCAGGGCGAGACGGGCCCCCAGACCCAGGUCUUCUCCCUCAGUCUUUCUGGGGAGCUGGCUAGAAACAGGUGGAACGUCCUUUCCCCCAUGCCUCUCUACUGCGCAACGGCAGUUCCCUUCGGCCACUACCUCAUGGCGGUGGGCGGAGUCGACACGCCCUAUUCCCAGGCCCAGAACGGAGCCAUCUACAUGUACUGUGUAGCAGCGGAGAAGUGGGUUCACAUUGGUAGUCUGCCCACCCCUCGUAGCCAGGCAACAGCGGUGGUGCUCUCCAAGGGACGGCUCAUGUUGCUGGGUGGGCAGGAGAUCAGGGACAAGUUUGGUCGGACUGUGGAGAUACUCCAGUCCGUCGUCUUGCCCGGUGGUUUCGGAGCAGCCAAGAACCUGAGCAGCUAUGCAGUGGAGGGAGAGGAGAUGGAGGUGGAGACUGAGGCUAAGAGGGUUCUGGAACAGUUCAGAGCAGCUGGGAAACCCAUUGGGUUGUGCUGUAUUUCACCUGUGCUGGCUGCCCGUCUGUUUCCAGGUGUGGCUGUUACCGUUGGCGAUGACACAGACCCUGCAGCCUGUGCAGUGCGUGGAAUGGGGGCCAGUCACGUCCCCAGACCAGUCACUGGACCACAGGAGGUGUGUCUGGACAGCGAGCGACUGGUGGUCACAACACCAGCCUACAUGUACGAGGCUCCACUUCACCAGAUAUUUGACGGCAUCGGAGAGAUGAUCAGUACUGUCCUCAGACUUGUCAAGUGA